AUCGUACCAAGUACGACCCGUACAUAUAUAUUCGGAGAUCAGGAGAGCGAGCGAGAGAGAGGAGGAGAAGACGGCAGAGAGGAAUCCGAUGGCGAAACUCUGCAUUUUCACCGCAUUAAUCGCUGCUGUAAUCUUGUUGGUUUCUGCAAAGAAUUCGGGAGAUGUUACGCAACUCCAGAUCGGCGUUAAGUACAAGCCAGAAUCUUGCAGCAUACAAGCUCACAAAGGUGAUAAGAUUAAAGUGCACUACCGUGGAACACUCACUGAUGGAAAGGUAUUUGAUUCAAGCUUUGAAAGAGGUGAUCCCAUUGAGUUUACUCUGGGCAGUGGCCAAGUAAUCAAAGGGUGGGACCAAGGACUUUUGGGAAUGUGUGUGGGUGAAAAGAGGAAGCUAAAGAUACCUGCGAAGCUCGGCUAUGGAGAUCAAGGAUCCCCUCCAACUAUCCCAGGCGGAGCGACACUUAUAUUUGAUACAGAGCUCGUGUCCGUAAAUGGGAAGCCAUCUGCUGGUGGCAAUCCCAAGGAGGAAGAAAGCGAUGAUGAUGAUGAUGAUAGCGAACUGUAGCGAAAAAUUCUCUCCCGUUGGCCUAGCUGUUAGGGAACUUUUGAGGUUCCAAUUCCUAGAGAUAUGCUCGUCAAGAGUCUUGAAAAGUAAGUUGUGUAGGGAUCGGAUAAAGAAAUUAACGAAUGCCUGUACUCAUUCAACGUGAACAUUGUCUCGGACUUGUUUGAAAGUGCCUUUGCGACAAUCAAAUGCCAGUAGCUGAUAUUCGUACUUAUCAUUCGGACAAUGGAAUUGGAAUUUUAUUUUAA